UAUCGCCCCUGAAUCGAUUAGUGUCUCUGUAUCUGAAUAACAGCGGGUUUUCAGGUACUUUUCCAUGGAAUUCACUUUCCAACAUGACGGGUCUUGUUGAUUUGAGCCUCGGAGACAACCAGUUCGAUUCUUCGAUUCUGUUUCCAGAUGUGGUGGUGGGACUUACUCGGUUGAAAUUGCUUUACUUGUCGAAUUGUAAUAUUCAAGGCCAAAUUCCUCCCGGAAUUGGGAAUCUCACCGAGCUUGGAAGUUUAGAGCUCUCCGACAAUAAUAUUACCGGCGAAAUUCCGCCGGAGAUUUCGAAGCUUGGGAAGCUAUGGCAGCUAGAACUCUACAACAACAGCUUAAUUGGAAAAUUCCCAUCUGGGUUCGGAAAUUUAACGAGUCUUCAGAAGUUUGAUGCCUCCAUGAAUUAUCUCGAAGGUGAUCUUUCGGAGCUUAGGUCGUUGACUAAUCUGGUGACUCUGCAACUAUUCGAAAAUGGGUUUUCCGGAGAAGUUCCGGUGGAGUUUGGUGAGUUCAAAAAGCUAGUGAAUUUAUCGCUUUACACGAAUAAACUCACUGGUUCUCUUCCUCAGAUGCUUGGUUCCUGGGCUGAUUUUGAUUUCAUAGAUGUUUCGGAGAAUUUUCUGACGGGUCCGAUUCCGCCGGACAUGUGCAAGCAAGGGAAGAUGAUGAAGCUCUUGAUUCUUCAGAACAAGUUUUCCGGCGAAAUUCCGGCGACUUACGUAAACUGUUCGUCGAUGACUCGAUUUCGGGUGAGCAACAAUUCGCUUUCCGGCGUAGUUCCGAGUGGAAUUUGGGGACUACCCAAUGUCGGAUUAAUCGAUAUCGCCAUGAAUCAAUUUCAAGGUCCGAUUACAUCUGAUAUCCAAAAUGCCAAAUCAUUAGUUCAACUAUUUCUCUCUAACAAUCAAUUAUCCGGCGAAUUACCGCCGGAGAUUUCGAAAGUUUCAUCAUUGAACGAGAUUGAUCUGAGUUACAAUCAAUUUUCCGGCGACAUUCCAGCGACAAUCGGCGAGCUCAAACAACUAAACAGACUUCAAUUACAGAACAAUAGUUUUUCGGGUCCAAUUCCGGACAGUGUAGCUUCUUGUAUCGCUCUCAACGACUUAAACAUGGCAGACAAUUCACUUUCCGGCGAAAUUCCGGCGAAUAUCGGAUCAUUACCGGCUUUAAACUCAUUAAACUUGUCGAAAAACAAGCUCUCCGGUCAAAUUCCGGCGAGCUUGGCAUUUCUGAGGCUAAGCCUUCUGGAUCUCUCAUACAACCAAUUAACUGGACCGGUACCGCAAUCUCUUUCGAUUGAGGCCUAUAACGGCAGCUUCGCAGGAAACAUUGGCCUCUGCAGUCAGAACAUCAACUUUUUCCGGCGAUGUUCGUCAGAUUCCGGGUCAUCCCACGAGCUCCGAAUAGUCAUACUCUGUGUAGCUUUGGGUGCAAUUCUGUUGCUUCUCUCAGUUUCAUGUUUCUUGUACUUCAAGAAAACCCACAAAGAUCAAGAAGACAGAUCAUUGAAACAAGGUUCUUGGGAUCUCAAAUCUUUCCAUGUUCUGAGCUUUACGGAAGAUGAGAUUCUCGAUUCAAUCAAGCAAGAGAAUCUGAUAGGAAAAGGUGGGUCAGGAAAUGUGUACAAAGCUUCGCUACCCAAUGGUAAAGAAUUGGCAGUGAAACACAUUUGGAACUCAAAUUCCGGGAUAAAAUCCCGGAUCACAUCUCCGAUGUUGCCAAAGUCCGGCGCCAGAAAGUCACCGGAAUUUGAUGCAGAGGUUGGAACAUUGAGCUCGAUUAGGCAUGUUAAUGUGGUGAAAUUGUAUUGUAGUAUAACAAGCGAGGACUCGAGCUUGUUGGUUUACGAGUACAUGCCUAAUGGGAGUUUGUGGGAUCGAUUGCAUGAUAGUUGUAGAAAGAUGGGUUUGGAUUGGGAGAGUAGAUAUGAGAUUGCAGUUGGGGCGGCGAAGGGGUUGGAGUACUUGCACCAUGGUUGUGAGAGGCCGGUGAUUCACCGUGAUGUUAAGUCCAGUAACAUUUUGUUGGAUGAAAAUUUGAAGCCUCGGAUUGCGGAUUUUGGGUUGGCAAAGAUUGUUCCGGCGAGUGCUAGCAAGGACUCGACUCAUGUGAUUGCCGGAACACAUGGCUAUAUUGCUCCCGAAUAUGGGUAUACCUAUAAGGUGAAUGAGAAGAGCGAUGUCUACAGUUUUGGGGUAGUUUUGAUGGAGCUUGUCACGGGAAAAAGUCCAAUCGAGCCGGAGUUUGGAGACAACAAGGACAUAGUGAACUGGGUGUCAAGCAAGCUGAAGAGUAAAGAGAGUGUGUUGAGCAUUGUAGACGCCAGAAUCCCAGAAGCUUACAGGGAAGAGGCAAUCAAGGUGUUGAAAAUUUCCAUUCUCUGCACCGCUAGGCUUCCGGCGUUGAGGCCUACAAUGAGAACUGUGGUUCAUAUGCUAGAAGAAGCCGAGCCUUGUAAAUUAGACGGCAUCGUCAUCGGUAGUAAGAGAGAGGAAGUGAAGGACUAAAAUCAAGUUUAAUCCAAUCAAUUGAUGGUCGAAAUAGAUUGUUGUCUAGUGUUUAGAGAAAUUUUGGUUCGUCCGCGGUCUUCCAUUGUCAGUUGUAAUAUGGGUGGCUUGUAUUGUUUCGGAGAAAUUCUGUAGAGUAAUGUUUGUCACUUGUAUAUUGUAAUAAGAAGAGUACGAAUAUAUGAAGUAGUUACAGAAACGGGACACAGAAUAAGUAUAUGUGAAUUCAGUGUCCAUUUUUCGGUGACUCCUUUUCUUUUUAAAUUCCUUUGGAACCUGAAACACAAGCUUCAAAUGGUAACUAUAUAUGGAUGCUUUUGUUUCCAUUUGUAA